GUUCUGCCGUACAGAUCAGACACAAUGUCUUGGCAUUUAACAACUGGAGACCUCGUUUGGAUAGAUAUAAACUAUACAAAAAAGGAAUCCGCAGAAGAGAAGCACAAUUUUCAAGUGAAAUGUAAUAGGUGCGGAGAACAUGUUAAAUACGCAAAAAUUGAUAAGUUUCAGAAACACAUGCGUGAGAAACAUAAAUAUGAACGUAAAUACGAAAAGAGAAAAUCGAGUGAUGUUUGGAAAUAUUAUAACCUAACAACCGAAGGAAAGAAAAGAUGUAUUGUAUGUAAUAGUCAGUGGGAAGGAAAACGGUCAAACGAUUUCUUCAGACGUCACUUACAAACGCAUAAGAACGAAAAUCUAGAGCCCUAUAAAUCACAAGGUUGGGCUUGGAAAUACAUCGAAGCAGAGAAAGUUACUAAUUUUUAUGGAAAAUGUACGCUUUGUGACAGAAAAAUGAGGCUUCCGUUUACGUAUCAUUUGUUAAAGCAGCAUCUCACAUCUGAACAUGAAAAAUUUAUAGACUCAUCUGAACGAAACGAACAGGUUUUUAAAUCUCGAAGUACAUCGCCAGAAUUAUGGUGGUUUGAAGUAUUUUAUACAAAAGCUGAAGAGGAUUUUCGAGCAACUUGUAUGAUUUGUAAACAAAAUUAUUCAUAUGUCGAGAUAACAUCGUUUAAGAAUCACAUAAGGAAGCAUAAAGAUAUUUACGUUUAUGAAAAUUAUAUGAAGACGACGGAAGAAAGAAAAAUAGGCUGGAAAUGUAUGAGGUUCAUAGAAGAUAAUGCACGUGAAAUAGAAUGUAUGAUAUGUCAUGAAAUUCUGUCAAAUAAAUCCUUCAUAAACUCUCAUAAAAAGCAUGAUCUGGUACAGCUAUACCCCUAUCAAAUUCAUUGGACAUAUAAAUACAUGAAACAACUUGGAAAUUUGACAAAAUGUACGAUUUGUGAAAAAAAAGUAAAAGUUGUGUGGCACGAGAGCAGUUUAAAAGAUCACAUAGUAACUCAACAUAGAAAGAAAUAUAACAAAAUGCAUCGACUACGGUUGAGAGAAUACUCAUCAGACGAUUAAGCUGGACCGUCGACAAGCCACGGAAGCUAAAAGAAAAAUGAACAUUCAGCUACAUGGAGUUUGAAUAUUGGAAAUGAUAACGGCAUUUUUAAGUAGCAUCUGAUGGCCAGCUAUAACGACAAUCUUGAUUUUGGCAAGUGAUUUGAAACAUAUAAAGACAUUAACGUAUUUUGACUUAUUUAUCGCAUAUCCGUUUGGUGUUUAUAUAAAUGUACACAAUUUGUAAAUUUAAAUAUAUAUAUUUGUAAAUUUAUGAUUUAACACAAUAAG